GGAUGCAUGUUGCAUACGACGAACAAAAUAAAAAUAAUACAAUCUUAGCAUGCCUCUGCCCUACAACAAAGAAAAUUUCUACAGAUUAUGUGCCAUAGUUCUACUUUUAACAGUAAUUUGGUGGAUCAUUGUUAAGAGUGGAGUGCGGCGGACAGCAAGUGCAUCAGUAUAUAUUGAAUCAGAUCACAGUUGUCGCUCCCUCUUCACCAUCAGUCAUGUCCCUCACCUCAACAUACUGGCCGCUGCUCGCUUGCUCCAAAAUUCUGCAAGAAAUACUACCAACGAUUGGGCCUCCCCGCACCACAUCAACACUCAGAACCAUUUCAACAUGUCUGACGCAAUCAGAAGAGUGGAACACCUUGUUCACAAGAGAACAUCAUCGUCUGGAGCUUCAACAGAAGAUUACCGCCGUCUUGCAGCGCUGCUUCCUACGCUCUUAUUCUUCCAAAACAACAUUAACACUGGUCAAGACAACAGCCCGAGGCAGAGAGCUUCAACAGCCACUCUUCGCUUCUUUAGUAGAAUUGGUGCCAUGGGUGGAGUGCUGCCCUAUGUUCCUUGUGUUAUAGCUCCCUUUGAUGACCCGACAAUCAUCACCACCUGUUUCAGGAAAAGGCUUGAAAAGGACUCUCUCUGGAUAGCUUUCAUGGGUGAUUCUAAAGUCAGAGAAUUAUUUUAUGAGCUACUCCUGAGGACUGACAGUUCACAUUACUAUACAAUUCACUUUCUGGUGAGUUCAUAUGUUCUCUUUCAACAUAUCUUACACAGUGUUUCCUCUGCACUAUUUCGUCAUUUUACUUCGCCUUCAGCUUACAACUCUUCCUUCUCAUCUUUCAAGCAUCUUCUCUUACUAUCCUCCAUGGUUCGUCCCCAGAACAGAACGGAGUCCUGGGAGGAGGUGAGGAAGACAUCCAUGGCUAUCAAGAUGAAGGAGGAUAUGAUAGCCACCACUGAGACAGCACCGCGAAUGCGCAUCACCUACAGUUUCAGGUCUUUCAGUGAUCUGCCAAGCAACUUCAAUACUACCAAGGAACUGCUGGAGCUGGGUAGGUGGGCUUCAGGAAAGGAGAAGUCUCCUAAUCUUCUCAUCGUAGAGCAGGCGAACUUCGGGGUCGACCCACUUCUGAGCCUUCAGUCUUCUGGGUCGCCCACUUCUAGAGCAUGUCAGUACUUUGGUCCCCCCAUUUCUAGAGCAGAUCGUAAUCUGGCGCCACACUUUGGAGAGCGGAUCAGUCUUUUAGGUCGCCCCACUUCUCGGCGUCAGUUAUCUGGGCGCUCUACUUCUAGGAGGUCGUCAUCGGGUCCCCCACUUCUAGAGCAGCUGAUCGAAGUGUAUAAGUGGAAGAUAGUGUUGUUUCUGGUGUUUCAGAUUUCACAAAGAACAAGAGUGUUACUACUUACACAGAGUCGCUUCAGGCCACACUCUGUGCAUGUCUUAUUUAACAUGAGAACCGCAUUUGGUGAUGCUAUGACUGACUGGAGUGAGAUGUCGCUGCUGUAUUACCUGCAGCAGUACAGAGAGCAACAGGCCUUUCAGGCUCACCCAACACUCAUCUCUCUGUCACAAGUAGACCACCCAAUCGGCGACAGUUCAACACCCACCAGUACACGAGCACAAGCCCAGACCAACUUCGACUACAUGUCGCCCAGUCAAACCGGUGGUGGAGUGUGGUGGUGGGAUACUGGCGUGCCACUCAACAUGGCCGAGAUCAGCGAGUGUGAGGAACUCUACCGUCGAGCACUGGUGUCUCAUCCCCUAUAUAGUGAUAACUACUUCCGAUGUCCAGACCCCCAGCACGCUGGGAGAGCCUCUCUGAGCGACAUGAUUACUAUGUUGCUCAACCUCUUGUGCAGCUCUGUGAUAUGAGACACGAGUUUACCACUCAACAUGGCCGAGAUCAGCGAGUGUGAGGAACUCGACCGUCGCGGACUAGUGUCAAUUCCCACAUAUAAAGGGGCAUAA